AUGCCCCCCAAGAAAGCCAGGCUCGUCAACAGAGCCGACAACACGGCAUACCCAGGGAGCUCGGCCGACCCAUCCAAGGGUCUGGCCUACUCCGCCGUGCUCAAGGGCGAAUUCCCUUCACUAUCAACUACGCCGCAGCUCAACAGCGCUAGCCAAGCAUGGUCAAAUACGGGAGCCCGAAACCCAAGCGGUCCUGGUCAGCGCAAUCAGUCGACGCCGAUGUCCUCUCAGCAAGGCCAGGACGACAUCUUUACUCCACCCUCGACAUCGAGAUUGCAAUCCAGCCAAGGAUUCGGUCCUCAGGCUGCUGGCUCGGGACAAGGUCAGGCGCAUCGGGGUAAUGGCUUGCUGAACGCACUGUCUGCCAACAGCAGAGCAAACGAAGCGCGAACACCGCCGGGAGUUGGCCCGCCAGAUGUGUCUCGAGCAGCGGAGGGAAAGCAGACGCAGUCUUUGUUUCGAGAUGACGGGUUCGGCAAGCCUCCUCCAGGCGCCGAUGCUGGCUCCCAAGCACCAGAAGCACGGGGCAGCCUUGGUGCGAUAGGGAAGGAGAGCACGAGUAGCAAGCCGGAGAAGGAAAAGUUCAGCCAACCGCUGGACGUUGCUGAUCCCCUUGCUGGGAUGCCUGCCGUGGACAAGUGGGGUAUUAAGGGCCUGCGGUCUCUCAUGAACAACUAUUCCGACUAUCACGCGAUGGUGGUGGGCAUGGAUCCGGGCUCGUUAGGACUGGACAUGACCUCGCCAGAACUCAUCUCCACCCAAGCGUACUCUCUCUUCGACGACCACCCGCCUCGGCCCACUGUUGACGCGGGGAAGUUCAGGCUGCCCGAUUGUUACAGCGUGACCAAUGUUCAGCCGAUCGAGACCAAGAUCCAGAGCUUCAACGAGGAGACGCUGUUCUGGAUAUUUUACAGCUGUCCUGCCGACAUCAAGCAGCAAAUGGCCGCGGUCGAACUGCACUCUCGAAACUGGCGCUGGCAUAAGAAGCUGGCGAUAUGGCUCACCAAGGAUGAGCAUAUGACGCCUCAAAUCUUGAGCCCGAACCACGAACGAGGGUACUACGUCGUCUGGGAUGCGACCACGUGGCGGCGGGAUCGGAGGGAACUCACGCUGCACUACGGUGACCUGGAUACGUCGCUGACGCAAGGCCCGGCAUUGGCUUGA